CCCGCCUCUCCUCCCCGCAUUGAGGCAGGGUCUGCCGGGCUCCCCCAGCCUCCCAUCCCCGAAAGUUAGUUUGGUGGAGGGCAUAGCUUGCUGCCACCAUGCAGAAGGGAGGGGAGCCCGUCCCUUCGUGCUGGGACCCGCUCUGUCUGUGACCCCCUUAGCUCCCGCAGUCCCGCCACCCCCUCACCAGCGUGCAAGGUGGUGCGCAAUCCAGCGCGCGCCUCCCCAGGUCCCUUGCGCUCCCAGGCAGCCCGUCCUCUCCGGCCGGAGAGCGCCUUGCCGGCCACCCUUUGAGCCCCUUCCCAGCUCCUAGCCCCAGUCAGAGUGCAGCAUUCUCUGGGCCUGGCAGCCUCUGGCUUUCUGCGGGGAGGGGAACACAGAGGCGCCGUGCACUCCGCCCGGGCUCCCGCCCAGCCUCAGCGGCUGGGUCCGCAGCUUGCUCCCGUGCCCCUCCUGCAAGCGCAGGCAGCUCCGGGGGAUCCCAUGCGUGCGCCUGCCACCUCCCAGGACGCCCUCCUGCCGGCGCCCGCGAGGAAAGCUGAUAUCUCCAGUGAUUGAAAGAGACUGACUUCUCCACAUUACCCACUUCCAAAAGUUUGUUCGGAGGAGCACCUGGAGCUUUUCUGAAGAAAGCAAAGACCUCUUCACCUGGGUCUGGACAAAGAAGGCUCUACCAUUGCCUGCCGCUCCACGCCUGCUGCUUCAGACACGGGCCGCACCUGCUCGAGUGCAACUUCCUCUGAGGAAGCCCAGGACUCCAACUGAACAGCCACCUGAUAAUGUUCCCUAGGCGCCCAAGUGGAAGCACCGCGCAACCAUGAGUUUGCUAAUACCCAGACUUAGGGCACUCUCCAGUGUCCUACAAAACGGCAUCAUGGCUCUACAACUGAGCCGCAACCUGACCGACACCGGCCUGGACGAGUACACGAACGGCACCGACAACGCGACCACACCCGCACCGACCUCGGCUCCCGGACCCAUCCGCAAGAACUGGCCCGCUCUCCUGAUCCUCAUCGUCAUCAUCAUCACCGUCGCCGGCAACAUCCUGGUGAUCCUGGCCGUGACCCUCGAGAAGAAACUGCAGACCGCCACCAACUUCUUCCUGAUGUCUCUGGCCGUGGCGGACAUGUUAGUGGGGUUAUUAGUGAUGCCCGUGUCCGUUCUCACCAUCCUCUACGAAUACACCUGGCCUCUUCCAAAGCAGCUCUGCCCGAUGUGGAUCUCCCUUGAUGUGCUCUUCUCGACUGCGUCCAUCAUGCACCUCUGUGCCAUCUCUCUGGAUCGCUACAUCGCUAUCCGGAACCCGAUUGAGCACAGCCGCUUCAACUCUCGCACCAAGGCCUUGCUGAAGAUCGCCAUCGUCUGGACCAUCUCGAUGGCCGUCUCCUUGCCCAUCCCGAUCAUCGGCCUGAGGGACGAGAGCAAGGUCUUCGUGAACGGAAGCUGCACCCUGAACGAACCCAACUUUGUGCUCAUCGGCUCCUUUGUGGCGUUCUUCAUUCCGCUGUUCAUCAUGGUCAUCACCUACUGCCUGACCAUCCAGGUCUUGCAGGGCCAGAGCAGCGUGUUCGCUCCCGAGAGGCGGAGGAAGCGUUCCAAGUUCGGCUGCCUGCGGCGGGAGAGGAGCGCCCACAACAUCUCUAUGAUCCACAAUCCCAACACCGGGGGGCCGGUUCGCCUUCUCUCUCCCGGCCAUCGGGAGGGUUACCGUAAGGGAACCAUGCAGGCCAUUGCUAAUGAGCGUAGGGCCUCCAAGGUGCUUGGUAUUGUCUUCUUCCUCUUCCUGCUCAUGUGGUGCCCGUUCUUUAUCACUAAUAUCAUGGCGGUGAUGUGCACUCAGUCUUGUCGCAAGUCCACUCUGGACGAGCUCCUGAGUGUGUUUGUGUGGGUCGGCUAUGUGUGCUCAGGCAUCAACCCCCUGGUGUACACCCUUUUCAACAAGACCUACCGCCGGGCCUUCCUCAAGUACCUUAGCUUUGGGUGGUUGGGGACCACCAAGAGCCCUCCCAGGCAGCUCCCCGUCAGUGCCGCCAACCUGUACCCCAGGGAAUACACUGGGCGGGAAUACACUGGGAGGGACUUCACCCCCCGGGCCUACGUCCCCAGGGAAUACAGCCCCAGCCACCAUGAGGAUGACGUGCCCCAGAUCGUCCCCAUCGAGGACAGACCCGUUCCCGAGGUAGUCGAGGUAGUGAUCGAGAUGGAGCCUUGCUCUCCCCAGCCGGCGGAAGCGAUAGGCGAGGAUACCUGUACCGUGGUCGAUGAGAAAGUCAGUUCAGUUUAAGGAGGUCCGGCCCCGAGCUUCGGCUCACCGCAGAGGAAGUCCAGUCGCGUGAACUAUCACGGGAGCUUGACUGGCAAGCGUUUCCUCUGCCCCUUCGGGACCCCAUGUAAAUAGAGCAUUCUGAGCAAAGGUGUCUGAGUAUGGCUUUGCAACCUUGUACUUUGCCUCAUGCCCACGAGCGUGGUCUAAAGUCGUAUAUUUACUGCGCACCCAAAAUUUUCAAAAGACCAAUCGGCCAAACCCGUCCCAUCGGCGGGCUCCAAAAGGCAACCCCUCCUUAAGUAGCGGAGGAGGAACGGGCCCAUCUCUCUUGGGGGCCGCUCACCUCGAAACCCAAAAAGGUGCAUGCAGCCGUGGCCCCGGGCCACCCCCAGAUCUAUCCCAGCAGAAGCACGUUUUCUUCUAGCCCGACAGUAAAUAUACGCUUUAGAUCGCCGCUCUCUUCCUGCACGCGCAUCAUCACGACAAGAUGGGGUCGUGACCUCCGACGCCACGGGCGCCGUCUCCCCCCGGGGCGAGGGCCGGGUCCCUCUUGGCCGACGCCCGGACGUCGGAGCCGACUCAGUCGGUGCGUGAUGACGAUGUCCAUCCCCCUAAACGUAGUGCUGUGCUCCCCUAGCAGCUCGGUGGCCGGGUCUGUGAGCGGAAGGACAAUAAGAGAUACACACACCACUAGCUUUUCACCUCCCGAGGACCACCUUCCAAAUUUGGAUUUCGGCACCAAGCGAUUGGAAAUCGGCAUUCUCUCGGUGGUCCUCGGUCCAAAAUCCUAGUCCCCACGAUGGAGCUCGGUGACGCCAUCCCGGAGCUUAGCUGUCCAUUCUGCGAUUUGAGAUUCCCUGGGAGGUCGACCCCUUAAUCCCACAAUUCCCCAUCGCUUUAGAGAAUAAUCAAGCGAGCCAAAACAAAAAACAAAAAAAAAAAUCAAAAGGCAGACUUAAACGAUACCUUCUAGCCUUAUAUUGACAGAGAUUUUAGGAGAAAAAACAAAAACACUAAACUAAAAGGAAGAAUAUCAAGUACCUCUCUUUAGGGCAAACUUCCGUAGUCCUUUCUCAAGCCAAGCUUAUGGCAGGAGCUGGAAGGGCAACACCCGGCAGGGCAAGAGGAGGAGACUUUCCAAGUCUUAACUUGAUUCAGUACUACGGAAGUAGGCCCUUGGAAUGUCAAUCUAUCCAAAUGAUGAUCUGACUCUGGGAAUAAAAAGAAAUACAGAGUUUCCAUUGGAUUUCUCAAAGCUAGUUAUCUCCUGUUUGGCUCCUUCCUCCCGUUAGCUAGUCCAAGAGAAGGCUGCAGCUCAUUUGUGCAAGUGGCAAGCUCGUCAUCGUAUUACAAUCCCGUACAAGAAGUUAAGCCUUGUGACCAAUCUGUGUCGUGUUCUAAUCUGUGUGUUCUUCGCGGGUCUGCCGCUCUCUUAAGGAUUCCAUUUCAGUUCCAUGACCAUCCUCACUCAGAGCACCGACACCGGGGCCUGAGAGUUACUCACGUCUGGUCAUCCAGUGUGUGCUGUGUGCAGAGUAGACAAGUGUUCUGAGUGGUUGUGUUUCCGUGUGUGUAUCCAUUUCACACAGAUCUGUGGCUUUCCCGGAGGAUUCCAUGAUGCUAGCUUAUGCCCGACAUUAUUUGCACGGCCUCCGAGUGUACGUUCCAAACUUUGGAAAUUGGAGGUGGCAGAAUCUGAAAAUCCAGAACCCCUGGGCCUAAUCUCACACGGCCAGCCUUGACGUAAGCAGCAGUCCGUGCUCGUGAAAAGUCCAACGUGAGAUCACCUAGACAGUGAGAGGAGGGAAACCGAGGGGCAGCGGGAGAGCCGCCACGCUGGGCAAAACCAGCGGGGCCUCGGCUCGCUUUGCGGUACUGCCAGGUGUCGGUCAUUUCUUCGAGCAUGGAUUUCUCCUUUCUGCCCCCCGUCCCCCCAAAAAAAUAAAGCGAGAAGGUCCGAGUCAACUUGCCCGUCUACUCUGUCGAACCGCACGUCUAAGCGUUCCAAUGACCGACCGGACGAGAUCCGGCCCGUCCGUCCCAAAAUGACGCCGUCUAAAGAGACCCCGCAUGCGAACCGCGUGUGUCGCACGAUUCCAUCUCUGUGUAUUCCCGGAUGGCAGAGUAGCUGAAACCGUAAGGGACAGAAACACAACACUUUUUAGCAGCCCUCAAGUCGAUUCCAGACCACGCCCCCCCCCUUCCCCUGGUUCAGAUCUGAAGUAACGAGUAUCGGAGAAAAUGGGAAACAUCUUAUUUCUUCUGUCAAAUAUAAAGGGCAAGCUCAUAGCACAUGUUAACAGAGAUCCUUUGAAAAACCCACAGACUUUCAAUUGCACUAGCAAUAAACUCCAACGAUAACUAGCUUAGAGCACAUUUGUGGACAGUCUCCAUAUUGUCACACAGUAACAUCAAGUAACCCUCAUGGUCAUGGUUCUCAGAUUCCUGUGCCAAUCACCAAUUCUCUGUGUUCGAUAUUAAACUUCUAUCUAUAGUAACAAGUUAUCUUAAUGUCUAUUAACUAAUCUGGAUGUUUAAAAAAAACAACAAAAAAAAAAAAAACUUGCCUGCUAGAUAAUUGCAACCUUAAUGUUCAACAGAUUAUCUUUAUUGAUGUAUUAUUAUAAUCUCUAUAUUAAUGAUAAGAAUAAAGAUUGCCUCGUGCGCUCCCUCUCCCCGACCCCUUGUCCGAAGGUAAUCUCUUAAGAAUGAUCUUAGGUAACUUGCUGUCAAGAUACCUGGUGCUUAAGUAUAUCCCCCGCACCAGAACUUUGUGCUAUUUCUCUUAAUUUAUUAAAUAAAUAGUAAGUGUUCAAUUA